CGCAUUCGAACAGAAUCUGACCUGUGUUGUUCAGACUGUUAUGAAAAGAAAAGGGUCGCAUUAAGGCAAAAAAAAAAAAAAAUCGGAAAUGGGUCACUUCAGGCUGCAGUGUGAAUGCAGCUUAGUAAGCCAUUUAUCGAUCGUAAGUCGAUUAAUUGUUUUCAUCCCUAUUCAUACAGCUGUCUCCUUCAGAGUCAGCUCUUGCUGGAUUUACUUUUUUUUUUUUACCGGGCAGAAGCUGCUGUUUCUUUCCGUCCAACGCCGCCUGACCGGACCAUGGAGGAUUGUCGAUCUGUAUGGAUGAAGGUGAACACAAUCAGAGUUCGCCUCUAGUUCUGCUACCUGUCCUCUGAGAUGCUCUCGUAGAGAACUUUCUCUCCUGCACGCUCACUUACAUGCUGACGAGGAUCCAGCCCAGCACACACACACACACACACACACACACACCACCACCUAUCAGUGCAGGCGAGCAGCUCUAUUCGUACUGGUGUGUGCAGUGAGGAGCUGUAUUUCACUCCCCAUCCGCAGCAGCAGGACAGCUCCACAGGAGUGCGGUUGUCACCAGACAUCACACAGCAGCUCAAGCAAGUGGGACUGCCAUGGAGGACACCCUCACCUGCAGCCAUGCCACCUUCUCCCAGGUGUUUGGACGCCAGGGGCAGCUCAUGCAAGCCACUGUCCAGUCUCUGAACAGCCUGAACGACCAGAUCGCUCAGUUCAUGGUGACCCGACCCGGCAGUCUGGCUGAUGAGGAGGAGGCCUUCAUCCCCGGAGAGAGGGACACCCUCAGGAAGUCCAUGACCCUGAUGAGACACCUGCUGAUGGACGCUCAGGGGAAAAUCCUUAAAAUGAUGGACGACAACAAGCAGCUGGCACAGAGGAUCGAUGGGGCCAUCCAGUCAGCGAGUCAGGAAGUGACCAACCUCCGAUCCGAGCUCUCUGCGACCAGCCGCAAACUGGCAGAGCUGGGCGCCAGCAGCCCCCCGGCGCUGGAGAACCACCUCCAGCACAACCACCACGACAGCCUCCGCUACAGGGAUCCGUCGGUGCAUCACAGGCAGAAGACGGUGGUGACGGACAUGUGCUACCCGACAGAGAUAUCCAGCCUGAUGGACUUUGGCACUGCAGACUGCUCGCUAGGCAAAGCGCUGCUGCGAGAGGAGGUGGUCCAGCUUCAGGAGGAGGUCCACCUGCUGAGGCAAAUGAAGGACAUGUUGAGCAAAGACCUGGAGGAGACGCAGGGCGGCUGCUCCGCCAACCUGCUGUCUGCCACCGAGCUCCGGGCCCAGCUGGGUGACAGGGAGCAGGAGCUGGACCGCGCCAAGGAGGCCUUACAAGCCAUGAAAGCGGACAGGAAGCGGCUAAAAGUGGAAAAAUCGGAGCUGGUGAAUCAGAUGCAGCAGCUGUACACGACACUGGAGAGCAGAGAGGAGCAGCUGAGGGAGUUCAUACGAAACUACGACCAGCACAGAAAGGAGAGCGAGGAUGCGGUGAAAGUCCUGGCGAAGGAGAAGGAUGUUCUGGAGCGGGAGAAAUGGGACCUGAGGAGGCAAACCAAAGAAUCCACGGAGCAGGCCAACAUGCUGCGCUCUCAGAUAGACAUGAAGGAGAACAGGAUUAAGGAGCUGGAGGCCGAGCUCACCAUGGCCAAGCAGUCUCUGGCCACGCUGACGAAAGACGUCCCCAAGCGUCACUCGCUGGUGGUGCAGCCGGAGCCGCUGGUGAACGGCAGCCAGGAGUGGGUGAUGCAGGCCGACCUGCCGCUCACCGCCGCCAUCCGGCAGAGCCAGCAGACGCUCUACCACGGACACAACGCUGACCGGCAGGCUGUGGUCAGGAUCAGCCCCUGCCACACUCGCCAGCCGUCUGUGAUCUCCGACGCCUCAGCAGCUGAUGGGGACCGCUCGUCCACGCCCAGCGACAUCAACUCGCCUCGUCAUCGGACGCACUCCCUCUGUAACUCCAUGGAAGACCUAGAAGACCAGAAGCGUAAGAAGAAGAAGGACAAGAUGACUCUGGGAUCUCUGUCACGGGUUUUCACCCGAGGAAAGCAGCGCAAGUCACUGGACCCCGGCUUGUUUGAUGGUACAGCCACCCCUGAUUAUUACAUAGAGGAGGAUGCCGACUGGUGAAGCUGAAUGAGCGUGUGUGUGGGUGUGUGUGUGCGUGUGUGUGUGUGUGUUACAUGUGGACACCCCCAUGUUUUAACUGUGUGUGUCUGGAGGAAGGAGAUGGAUGGAUUGUGAUGAAAACAGAGACUGCUGUCGCCGUAAAUGUACAGUACACACCCCAAGAAAAAUGUAUGAUUGUAAAUUAAAUGUAUAUAUUUAUAGUUGUACAUGUAUGCAUAUGUAUAUAUGUUUACAUGCAUAUAAAUAUAUAUACAGGGUUAUUACAAUGCGUAGAUAUGUUUAUGCUGUAUUAUCUUCUAAAUGUCUUCAUGUUUUAUGUUUUUUUUAUAUAAAUAGACUUGAAGGACUGCUGUUUAUAUGUACAUAUAGGAGCUAUUGUGAAAAAUAGUGUUUAAAUGUUAAUGUUAUCUGGGUUUUGUUACUCUAUAGUUGCUUUCAUCAUGGUUUGCAGCAUUUAUUUCUUUUUUUUUUGCCAGUUUUUAAACCUUUUUCCUGCAACACAUCAGGAAGCAUUAGAAGAAAGCUUUGGGAGUUUAUGUUGAUCUGCUUCGUGUUCAUUCAUAUUACACUGUGUGCAGCAGGGAGGGGUUUGAAGAUCUCCUGCAUUUUAUACUGAAAACGAUUAGGGAUGUCCCGAUCGAUCAUUUCAGGUUCAAUAUUUCUCAAUACCGAGUCAAACUUGGAAGUGACCCAACAACCUGUCUCUGUUGCUGCCGUUCCUCUACCGCUGUGAGAUGAGAAACCCAAGUCAACUAGAUGAAAUUUGAGAACAUUUCAAAAUCUAAAGUUUCUGAACUCGGGCGUCAAAGCAGAAAACAGCUCAGCCCUGAACUGUGAAAAGACUCAUAGUAUUUAUAGCUUUAUUUUGUCACUUAAUUCCAGACUAAAGCCAAUGAGAACCAGUCCCAUACAAGUAAUUUUUUUCUGAAAAACACCAGUAAUACAGAGCCCCUCUCAUCAUGAGCGUGUAAAAUAUGUCAGUUCUUCACUGUUUUAGCAUGAAGUAAUGGUAUUUCCCAUUUCUGACCAUUUUCACUAAAACUACUGCUUCAAUGAAUACAAGUUUUUCCAAGUACCACCAUCUUGACAGAUUGAAGAACAGUAUCAGAGCUGGACUUUUACUCUUCUGGUUUGUUUUGCUUUGCUAUUAAAACCCCCCAAAAUAACAGAAACAUUGUUAGUGGUUGAUUAGUUAAAGGAAAUCUCUACAUUUAAAAUUACAAAUAUUAACAAAAAGAUUCCUAGAAGCUGGAAAAUUCGUAGCCUUGACCUGAAAAUCAAACAUGGCUUCUUUGCAUUUAAAUCCUAGUGAUUGGUCCAAACUGAAAAACUGUUUAUCUCUUUAAGUCUUUAGUUAAUGCAGGGUAAUUAGGUUAGACACAUGCCAGUCAAGGGAGUAACUAAAACCAGCGAGUAGCAAAGUACUGAAAAUAGUCUUUCUCUUCUGAUUAUCUUCUGUUUCGACCGAAAGUGUCGACGACGACCCAGUUUUACAAGUUAAAUUUGCUGUACCGUAAUUCCACGACACUAUACGCAAUCUGAAAAAUUUCAACGGUUUCUGAAAGGGGAGACGUUGCGCUUUCCAGCCAAUAUUUGGUUAUUACGGUAAUUUCUCUCCCGCCGUAGCAAGGAGCACGUGACGAGACACUCUUAAUAGACGGUAAAUUGCGAAAAUAACCUGGUUGAUAUUGAAAGUUCUAGUUGUUAGGGAGAAAUGGGCAGUAUAUAUUUACUCACAAGACAUUUAAAUUACUGCGUACAAUUAAAAUAGGCAACGGUAUCCAGGCGGAAAGUUGGAACUUGGGCUCCAAACGCUAAACUGUGUAUGUAGCUAAGACGACCAGAGAACGAGAUCAGCCAUUAUUCAGACCGAUCCGGAGCCCGGACUGGAUCAGAUCGGAACAUCCCUAAGCGUUAUGAAAACCACUGGCAGACCAGCAGCCUUUUUAUGGAAAGCACAACUGCAGUGAGUUAAAAACACAAAUACAGCGCUAGCUUUCCAAACCAUGCGCAAAAAGUGCCAAAAGUUUAAGCCUCAUCAGCUUUAGCUUAGUCAUAGCAGCAGCCAUGUAACUCUGUUAAUGUCUCGACUCAUUUCCAGCUAACAUGUGCCAAUCUGAGACAAAGGAAUGUGCUUUAAAUACAUGCAUGGUCCCUCCGUGUUGCUUUGAUUAGAUAUCUGUUCAUUUCCUGUCAAGUAACAUGAAAACAUCCCUUCUGUGUUACUUUUCCCGUUUUUAUACCAAACCUUGCAUUACCAAUGCCUGCACCCUGACUUUACUAAGAAUGUUCCUAUUUUUGUUUUAUUUUUUUGUUCACACCCUCCUCAAUUCCUGCAAAUGUGGCUCUAAUAAACCUGUUAAAAAGCUUUGUAAAUUAGGAUAACAAUACAUGCGCAAAAGAUGAAAUCUAUUGAAGUAUUUUAUUUAAAGAGUAAAGAAAAGAUAAACAGAGUUAAUUCCUGAUAUUUAUCUGCCUGCAGCUGUUGCAGUCAAAUGUUGAGGAGGUUUCCAAGUGAAUUAUAACUGAAAUGAAAAUCCUAUUUUAAAAAUAAAACCAGAAAGUGAA